CCGGCGCUCCCCCGGCGCGGCGGCGGCGGCCAUGGCGGCGCGGGGCCGAUGCCCCGAGUGCGGCUCGGCGUCGCUGGUGGAGGACGCGCACUACGCGCAGCAGCAGCUGGUCUGUGCCGCCUGCGGCUGCGUCCUGGCCGAGGGACUCCUCACCACCACCUACACCGACGAGGAGCAUCUGCGGGAGGUCGCCUAUUCCCAGAGCACUGGCCAGAAGGAGCAGCUGAGCCGCUGCCUGCAGCGAGGGAUCCGGCGCGUCCAGGACCUCUGCAAGGUGCUGCAGCUGCCGGCAGCGUUCGAGGAAACGGCUGUGUCCUACUUCCAGAGGGCCCUGCAGCUGCCUGCCUUCCACCUGGUCAGCCUGGAGAAGAAGGAGCUGCUGGGGGGCUGCUGCGUGCUGGUGACGUGCCGGCAGCGCCGCUGGCCGCUGACCAUGGGCACCGUGUGCUCCCUGCUCUACGCCAAGCAGGAGCUCUUUGCCAGCGUCUACCUGAGCCUGCAGAGGGAGCUGGGGCUCUCCGUGCCCGCCCUGAGCCUGGCAGACCUGGUGACAACGCACCUGAGCAGCUUCCGGCUGGUCCAGCCCACGGCCAGCGUCCCCGCGCCCUUCCUGGAGGACAAGGAGAAGCUGCUGGCCCGGACCAUGGCCAUUGUGGAGCUGGCCAGCGAGAUGUGGCUGGUGACCGGCCGGCACCCCGUGCCCGUGGUCACGGCCGCGGCCUUCCUGGCCUGGCAGUCGCUGCGGCCCGGCCCGCGCCUCUCGUGCCCCUUGGCGCGGUUCUGCCGCCUGGCAGGGGUGGAGCUGCCCCCCCCGGCCCAGCUCAGGCUCAGGGAGCUGCUGGAGAUCCUGCUGGGAAUGGCCUCCCAGCUCUCCUGGCUGCGCGGCUUCCGCCUGGACAAGAAGACCGUGGUGAAGCACAUCGGGGACCUGCUGCAGCACCGGCUGUUCCUGCUGAAAUGCGCCUUCAGCCAGCAGGACGGGCAGGAGCAGCAGGACACGGCCCCAGGGCAGGGCUCUGCCAGGGCCCCCCCCAGCCCUCCUGCGGUGGCACAGCAGCAGGGCUGUCCCUCGGCAGGGCAGCAGCAGCAGGGGGCCACCCUGAGGCCCCUGCUGCCCCCCUGCCUCAUCCACCCCAGGAAGAGGCUGCGGCCGGCGGCUCCGAGCGCUCCGGCCGCGGCCGUGACGGGCAACGAGCCCAUCUCAGACAGCGAGAUCGAGCAGUACCUGCGGAGCCCCGAGGAGAUCCGCGCCUUCAGGAGGGCCAAGGCCUGGUCCUGAGGGUGGCUGUUGCCCAGAGGGACAGUUCUGGGACCAGAAGUGUGAAGCCCACCAGGGA